CUAGGGUGCUUUGCAUGUUUGUGGUGGGGGUCUGGAUGGGGAGGAACAGCCCCCCUUUCCCGUUGAUCCUAAAUGGCAGGCGCUUGUCUAGGAAGAUGUGCACACCAAGUAGCUGGUGCUGAGCAGGACACAGAGCCGGCUGCGGGUUUUAGCAGGAAGCCGCUUAGGUGAGCGUGGGAGGGCUGGGUAUGAGCUCCUGCACGGACUGACUGGAGCAGGGGCCGGUCCCAUCACCGCUCGCGAGUAGCUGCUGCUUCAGCAGGCUCUGAGGGCGUGAGGGAGAGCCAGAGGGGCUGCACAGGGGCCCCUUCCGUUGCUGAGCCACCCUCCUUGAAGGAGAGGAGAGGGCACUGGAGUCGGCCUCUUCAAAACCUUCCUUUAAGAUCCUCCUUCGCCAGGAAUAUCCCACCCGCCACCACCAGAUUUAAUUUUUGGUCCCCUUUCUCUAAGGCAUGGCAAUUGCUCGAUGAUUACUGCCCAAAAUGCUCAUUUGCUGGGUUUUGCUGAGGCCAGAAAAGACAUUGCUUUUCAUCCAUAUAUAACCCGACAUCUUUCUUGUUGUUUGUGUAUUGAGGAGGGCAAUGCCAGAUCUGAAAAGUCCCCUACGCCAGCACUGGGGUCCUGAUCUGGAAAAAGCGGUUAGAAAUGGAUUUUUUUUUUUAAAAACCACACGCACACACAGAUCAAGCUUUGAGCCUCAUUGAAACAGGCUGGGAAGUUUGCUUAUCACGAGGACAGAGCGAUGAUCAGGAUUGCUUAACAGCUUCUCUCAGCGGCUUGAAUUGCCCGCAGCUCCUUGCCCGCCCUGUGAACACCUGUGCACCAGAAGCCUCCGUGCUGCAGACAGUUGCCUGGCCGGGUCGGGUCUCUGGGGGCCAGUCCUUUUCCGGGCAAGGGUGCUGCCAGUCUGGUCCAGAAUACGAGGCAGCGCUGCAUUGGCGUACUGACAGCCGUUGGUCUGGAUGCGGCUCUCCUGCAAAGCAGCCGGCUGGUACGGGGCGAGCCUGCCAUGGCUUCCCCGGGGCUGCAGGCCCUUGGUGCAGCGGGUCGGCCUCACUGGGCUGCUGCCAAGGCCCACCAGGCUCAGGACUCCCUGGGGACCUGGUCCUCUUGCGCCACCGCCCCUUCCUCCCAUGGCUCUGUGCCCAUUGAGCGUGGCAGCAGUCGCAGCAGGGAAGGAAAGCCUCGCCAACCUCCACCUGACUUGCUUUCCCCUGCAAGCAGUGGUGGCAUUUGGGUUUAGGCCAGCUUUCCCCAACCUGGGGCCCUCCUGCCGUUUGAUACUGCAGCAUAGUCAUGGCUGAUAGGAGUCGGAAUCCAAGAUAGCACAAGGGCACUGGGUUGGAGAAGGCUGGCCUGGGUAGAGCAACCAGGUGGGUUGCAGGCUUCCCUCCCGGGAGCCUGGAGCAAAUGCUGCCACAGUGCUGGCUAGGCACAGCUCCACCCAACCUGCGAGGAUGAGGAGGCCGGCUUAGGAGGCCUCCAGGCUUCCUCCUGCAGCAGAAAGCGCUUGCCUGCUCCUCUCUGGCUAGUGUGGGUAUGCACGGCCAGUCUGUGGUCGUGACCCGCUUGCUUGGAGCCCUGAUGUAACAGCCUGCAAUCUCUCUUCCCUCGCCUCAUGAGUCAUGUCUCACUCACAGGACCGAGUCGCUUUUGCCCUCUUGCCUUGCAGCUUCAGAGACAAAGAGCUUCCUUGUGUCAAAGGGACAGCUUCACCUGCCUGCCCUUGGAGUCCCGGGCAGAGGCAGGGGCUGCUGGGACCCAGCAAGACAGGUGCCUCCAGCACUGAAUGGAGUUUCCUCUUUCCCCCACAGGACACACCAUGAAAGAGGAGGUGGAAACGGGAGUCGGGUUCAUCACCCGCCUGGUGAACCGGCAUGAGAGGCUGGACAAAAGACAGGUAGAGCGCUUUGGCGAGCAGCUGACGGCAAUCCUGUGUGAACGCUUCAGCAAGCACUGGUACCCAGAAACCCCUCUCAAAGGGCAGGCUUACAGGUGUAUCCGGAUCAAUAGACGGCAUCAGGUGGACGACUCACUCCUCAAGGCUUGCAGAGACUGUGGCUUAAAGUACUCGGAGCUUGCCUUGCCCCGGGAAAUCACCAUCUGGAUCGAUCCUGGCGAGGUCUCCUGCAGGCUUGGGGAGAACAACCGCUUCUUCACGGUGAAGAGCGAGGAAAGCCGCAGUGGCAAAGCCACUCCGGAGACGGAGACGUCUGACUACCAUUCGGAGUCUCCCUCGGAGUGCUCCUCGGAGGACGAGUGGCUGACCAAACCUCCACCAGAAGCAUCAGGGCUGAGCAAAACUCCGCUGGGAAGAAAGAAUAAGCAACAGGCUGCCCAGUAUUUCUACAUGCCGGCUCCUCUCUGGGUCCCGUACCCGCCAAGCAUGGUCAGCUACGUCCCGGCCUACCACCCUCUAACACUCUACUAUGUUGACAUUGCCUCGAAACCGCCGGUGGCCAGGAAGCCCAACCCGAACCUGGUGAAACGCCUGACCAAGCGGGCCUCCAAAGCCUGAGGAUGAAGGGGGGGCGGGGGGGCCCUGAGGCUGCCCUGGCCGCUCUUCGCAUGGGCUUGGACCUUACCUGAGAUGGAGACGGCCACCACCAUGCUCCUGGGGGUUCUCCUGCGGUGGGGAACGCCUGUCAGCUUGUCUGGCAGCCUUGCCCUGGCGCAUGCGUUGGGAUGGGGGGCCACCUUGUUUCUGUGGUGCUAACGACUGUAGCAUUCUGAUUGUAUACUACUGAGCACUUACCUGCACUCAGACCCAGAAGCCUGGCUUUGGAUAUGGAAGGAAAUGGGGGCUAGGACCCUAGGGUAUUCUCCUGAGUUCUGGCAGGGAGGUGGUACCUAGUAGUUAGAGCAGGAUAAGCUGGGAAAUGAAUAAUAAUAAUAAUAAUAAAUGGGUUAUUUGAGCUCUUACAGAGGAAAGUGAUUCAGCGGGGAAGAACCUGUCCUCAGGUUCUCAUUCAGUUCCUCGCUCAAUUUCUUUUCUCAGACUUGGGUAUAGGUGGGAUGAGAGAGGCAUACCUCAUUUGAUUGCACUCCGCAGACGCUGCAUUUUUGACAAAUUGAUGUUUGUGGCAACCCCAUAUCAAGUAAGUUGGUCUCUGCCAUUUUCCCAACAGCAUUUGCUCACUUUGUGUCUCUGUCAAGUUUUGGCAAAUUUUGCAAUAUUUCAAACUUCUGCCAAUCAGUUCAUCCUCCAUCAACACAAGGGAAAGACCCUCGAGCAGCAAAAAGAUUACAACUCAUUGAAGGUUCAGGUGGUGGUCAGUGUUUUUUAGCAAUAAGAUAUUAUUUAAUUAAGCUAGGUACUCAUUAGAAUGCAGUAUGGUAUUAACAUAAUCUUUAUUUGCACUGGGGAACCAAAAAAUUAGUGACUUUUAAUGCAAUAUUCAUUUUAUUGCAGCGGUCUGGAACUGAACGUGCAAUAUAUCUGAGGCAUGCCUGUACUGGAAAUUGUGUUUAUGAAUUCUGCACUUUAAAGGCAACAACAAGAAAGUUUUGCUGCUUUCAAAGGGGGGAAAAGUGUUGCUGACCCCUGGGUGACUAAUUGCACAUUUGCAUACAACGGCCUGUUUUGCAGAAUUGGCUCUGCUAUUGCACAUCUGUUGGCAAACAAAUGGACAAUGAUAACUGGAGCCUCCCCCCCCCCCCGCCACCUGCAUUAAUAUUGGCCUUUUGGCCGCUCUUGCCUGCCCUGUUCCCAGUUCUAACUUUUGCAGCUUCUCUGGGCAUUUCUCCUACAUUUCCAGCUCUUCGUUUUUGCAACUGUAAGGGCUAAUUUACACAAAAAAGAAAACUGAGAUUCUUAGAAUGUCAAAUGUACAUUUUCUAUGCUUGGACAGUACAGUCUGGUUAUACACACAGCUACAAAAUAAUACCUACCUACCUCAAGAGAUGCUUUUUGUAAAGUGGACUGAUUGAGGGGCCGUUUAAACUAUUAUUUUGAAGGGUUUUGAAAAAGAUCUUUUUUUGGACAAAGUAUUAUUAUUAUUAUUAUUAUUAUUAUUAUUACUAUUACUACUACUAUUAUUAUUACUAUUAUUAUAAACUUAAUACUUAUGAUUAUGUCCUGUAAAUAACAAUCAGGAGCCUUUUAAUUUAUGGAAUGCGCUUAAUUGUGUAAAUAUCUCAUCAGCAACUUCUUUUUAUGCACCAUUGAUACAACGUAUUUUGCCUUUUUUACAGACUUCUUUUUUCUAAGAAAAGCUUAAAAAUUAUUAAAAAUAAUAAAUGUUGCAAGUAAUUGAA